CGUGUCGCGCGUGUGUACCGAGCUUCGCGAGCUGGAGCAAGUCGUUUAAACCGUUCAUGAUUUGACACGGCAGAAUCGCGGGUCCGAAGGUGCAGCCUCGCUUAAGUCGUCUCGCGCGCUUUGACCUCGUUGCUGACCAGGGGAUAUCACACUGCAAGUGAUAUGAAGAAGGAAAGGCCGUGACAGAGGGAAUUCCAAGCCAACAAUAGCCCCGGUGAAUGCAGGAACAUGCCUUCAGCUACCGGUGGGACCAACCAAAUUGGGCAGCAGAAGGGAGGGGGGACUAUGCCCAAUAAUGAAGAAUGUGGAAUCAGAGAUGUAUGGGGGCACAAUCUAGAAGAGGAGUUUCGUACAAUUCGUCAAGUCGUACAACAAUAUCAGUAUAUUGCAAUGGAUACAGAAUUUCCGGGUGUUGUAGCUAGGCCUAUUGGAGAAUUCAGAACUAAUGCCGACUAUCAAUACCAGCUGUUACGUUGCAAUGUAGACCUUUUGCGAAUAAUUCAACUUGGUCUCACAUUCCUUGAUGAAUCGGGGAAUACGCCGGGCGGUAGCUAUACAACAUGGCAGUUUAAUUUUAAAUUCAACUUACAUGAAGACAUGUAUGCACAGGAUAGUAUAGAUAUGCUACAAAAUAGUGGCAUACAGUUCAAGAAACAUGAAGAAGAGGGUAUCGAUCCUUUAGAGUUUGCUGAACUAUUAAUGACAUCGGGAAUUGUUCUUGUUGAUGACAUAAAAUGGCUAUCCUUUCAUUCUGGUUACGACUUCGGUUAUCUAUUGAAACUCCUGACGGAUCAAAAAUUACCACAAGAGGAAAGUGAAUUCUUUGAGCUUCUUAGGAUAUACUUUCCGACGAUAUAUGAUGUAAAAUACCUAAUGAAAUCUUGCAAGAAUCUGAAAGGCGGUUUACAAGAAGUGGCAGAACAGCUAGAAAUUCAGAGAGUGGGUCCUCAACAUCAAGCUGGCUCCGAUUCCCUUCUUACUGGAAUGGUCUUUUUUAAGAUGCGAGAAAUGUUUUUCGAAGAUAAUAUUGAUGAUGCAAAAUAUUGUGGACAUCUAUAUGGUCUGGGAACGUCAUUUGUUAUGAACGGAUCUAGCGGAUAUAUGGACAGUAAUGGAGAUAAUGCCUCGACGUCGUAAUAUUAAAAAAAGAAUCAUCCGUAACAGAGAGAUUAUUUCAUUACAAUAAAACGUUAUAAAAAAAUCUUUUCACUUAAUGAUGAAGUGUAUGGUUCAUGUCCGCAAUAUUAUAUUGACAUCAUUACUGUAGGUUUCCACACGAAAGGCAAUUAGACAUGUGUCUUGUAAAAAUCUCUCUUUAUUUUUUUUUUUUUUUUUUUUUUGGAAUUCUUUCUGUGACUCUUUUGUAGAUGUCUUCUGUGAUACGUACCAUCCAAUCGAAAAGAUUUAAAACACCGAAACUAAAAAAAGUGUAAUAUAAUUUUUUUGUAAACAUUUGGACAAUAUUGAUAUAUAAGAUACCAUCGCAGUACAAAAAUUCCAUAAUUUCCCCUACUUUUAAGAUCCUUGCAGGUAUACAUAUCCAAUUAUUCGAAUCAUACAUAAAGAAAAUGAGAAAGUUGCUUAACAUACUCAAACAUAAUUUACAGUCAAAUGUAUUGGUAAUGUUCGAUGUGUUCGACAUUUACAAUAUUUCACGAUACACAAAUAACGACUUUUUUUCUAUUGCAAUCAUGAAACGGAUAUGUGUCCCAUUAUUGUAUUAUACAAUUCAUAAUAAAAUAUACAUAUUUCUUUCUCUCUCUCUCGCUCUCUCGAAAAAAGAUCGAUCAUCAAAUACGAACUCGUCGAACAUUACUGAUGUACUUCUAUACGUGCUAUGCAGACGUAUCUGUUACUGUUGAUAUGUAUAUUUAUUCUAUGAUGCAUUUGUAGCGCGAUACAUUUUAAACAUGAAAAAAAUCACAUAUACAUUUUAAAAAACUGCAAUGGAGGGAAGUACACAUGUUUUUUUAGGUUGUCCAUGUUUUUAGAUUGAACCAUAUGAAUAUCGAUAUAAGAGCAUCAUACAUUUUUAUUAUGCGUAUAACAAAUACCGUAAAUGAUGCGUUCGUGUAAAAAAAAUAAAGUAUUAGUAAUACGAUUUAAAAAAUGAAGUAGCCUUCGUAUAAUAUUUGCUAUAUAUACUGCACGUGUUUUAUUGUAAAACCUGUCGUCCGCAAGAUUACAAGAAAGAAAAAAAUGAUUUUGGUACAUUUUCGAUCUAAUCGUACUAAAAAUAUCUGCUUUGUAAAUAUGACAGUUGCAAAAGUCGAAUAAAUAAUUUGCCUCUAAAA